AUGGUUGAAUCGAAAAGCCCGUGCGUCACAAAUCCAAUUGCAGCCGUGCCAUUUCAAAUUUCAAUUGGAGUUGCACGCUGGGCAGAAGCACCCACCAAGCGCCUACAGCAGGACUUGCAGUCAGCUAUUAUGAUUGCACCAAAGCUCGAUAUGAGGCAGACCACAGUGGUGGGCAGCCUGCCCACCAUACAGGCAGACAUGAAGCAUUCGGAAACACUUGCUUUGAUCCUCCUGCCCUCUGAGUUACUAAUAGAAAUCCUUCGUCAUGCAGACGGUCGAUCUAUCUUGCGGUGUUCCUCUGUCUGCCGCAAAUUGAAUAGUGUGAUUGAUUCCUCUGCAGAGCUCCAGUAUCGUAUCGAGCUUGCUCUCGAUUGCAUGCUUGACGGCCCUCAGAGCACCGUCACCGUUGCAGAGCGUCUAGAACAACUCCGGACCCUUCGUCGUGCGUGGACCUUGUUUGAGUGGAAGAAAGAGGUUCGGGUACCCAUGCAUGGUUUCUGCCACGCAUACGAGCUUGUAGGAGGCGUAUUUGCGAAGACAUCCUCUCCGGCAGGCAUUCACAAUCAAUCCGGUCCACGAAAAUUCAUCUCCUCCUGGUUGCCGUCCUCGUCUGAUCCUGGUCACACGCUGGUUCGGAAAGAUAUAGGGAUCUCAACAAGAGACUUCGCCAUCGACCCGUCGCAAGAUCUCAUCGCUCUUGUCCAAUCUGAUGAUAAUCUAGUGAAUGGCUCUAGUUACACAGAAAUACACAUACGCACGAUAUCCUCCAACGUGAAGCACCCCGAAGCGUCAUCUCCUGUUCUUCGCACCCUCACCCCGUCCACGAUGACCAGUGCCUUCAUACAGAUUGUGGACGAUGUUAUUGGGAUGAUGUUUUGGAUGGAGCUUGAAAGUCCACGUAUCACAAUCUGGAACUGGAGGACGGGUCAAAUACUUGUCGAUCGUGACGGCGACGACUUACCCAGUCAUAUCAGCGACUUUUCCUUCAUUUCGAACCGUGCGUACAUGAUCACGCGUGGGGUAAACGAGGGCUCGAUCCAAGUCUUUACAUUUGGGGAAAAUGAACACGAAAUUAUCCAUGUCGCAAGCCUAUCACUGCCUCCCCUCAAGUCCCGUACCCAUUUGGUGCACUGCGCGAUUCAUACCUGGUCCCUUUGUGGCAAGGUGUCUUCCAAACACGCCUUUCUGGACCAAUCAGGAGGAGCGGAUAAUAGCACUCCUCUCAGAUACAUACGGAAAUACCGUGAACAAAGAGAAACAGACCCCUUCGAGGUGCCUUGGGAGGAGUGGGGCCCGCGCGAGAGCCGCAUGCUCCAUCAUCAAGUCCCAUAUCAGUGGCUGAGAUACGUUCAUGGCUACCGAGUAGUCUUUCCACUACUAUCCGGCAACAUGCAAGUGCUAGACUUCAAUGUACGCAAAACCAAGCGGCAUGUUUUUCCUCAGCAGCCGGACUCCAAAGCGAGUGUUGAGGUCAUUGAUUACCCCUCGACUAUCUUGGCGGACGGCAUUUUCCCGGGCCCUGUUGAGACAAGCUUGCCCUAUCGCGUUUGUCGAAGGGAUGAGCUUAAAGGUUUUUCGGGCGUGAUGAUCGAUGAGCAAAGGUUGAUUGGUUUAAAAAGCCCCUCGUUUACUGAUGGCGAUAUAAAGGAUCUAUACGUUUUCGUGUUUUGA